UCUCUUUUGAUAACUAUGGCUGAACAAAAAUCACAAGAAACACAUACAGUCACAUUAAAAACAUGUGAUGAUGUUCUUUUUGAGGUUGAAAUCAAUGUUGUGAAAGAGAUGAAAACUAUACAAUCAUUCAUGGAUGAUUCAGAAGACAUUGCAACAAUUCCUCUAGCCAAUGUGACCAGUCAGCAUCUUGCUAUGAUCAUUGAGUACUGCAAGAAACACGUCUCAGAAGAAGAGAACGAAGAUGCAAAAGACAAGUUUGAUGUUGAAUUCACCAAGAAAUUGAGCGGCGAGGACAUGAAACUUCUCAUCGUUGCUGCAAAUUAUCUAAACAUAAAGAGCCUUCUUGAUUUGCUAGCUCGUACCCUUGCGGAUCAUAUUAAGAACAAGAGUGUGGAGUUUGUGCGUGAAUUCUUCAAUGUCGAAAACGAUUUCGAGCCUGAGGAAGAAGCCAAACUCCGUCAAGAGGCUCCAUGGGCUUUUGAAAAUUUAGAUGAAAAUUAAUUUGUUUACAUGUUUCUGAAUAUGGUUUUGAAACAGCCUUAGGAAUAUUACUAGUUUAAUUUUGCUUUGUUGAUUUGAAAGUGUUUCUUGUUUCUAUUCUUUACUUCCUUAUUUAAUAAAGUUUGCAAAUCAAAUAUA